AUGCAUGAACUCAAGCUACUAAUAAGAGAUGAGGACGCCCCAAAGAAAUCUGAAGACCAAGAUGGGAAACACGGAUCAGAUGAGGACGCAUCAAGGAAAUCUGAAGACCAAGAUGGAAGACACAGAUCAGAUGAGGAUGCCUCAAAGAAAUCUGAAGACCAAAAUGGAAGACACGGAUCAGAUGAGGACGCCUCAAGGAAAUCUGAAGACCAAGAUGGGAGACACGGAUCAGAUGAGGACGCCUCUAAGAAAUCUGAAGACCAAGAUGGGAGACACGGAUCAGAUGAGGACGCCUCAAGGAAAUCUGAAGACCAAGAUGGGAGACACGGAUCAGAUGAGGACGCCUCAAAGAAAUCUGAAGACCAAGAUGGGAGACACGGAUCAGAUGAGGACGCCUCAAAGAAAUCUGAAGACCAAGAUGGAAGACACGGAUCAAAUGAGGACGCCUCAAAGAAAUCUGAAGACCAAGAUGGGAGACACGGAUCAGAUGAGGACGCCUCAAUGAAAUCUGAAGACCAAGAUGGGAGACACGGAUCAGAUGAGGACGCCUCUAAGAAAUCUGAAGACCAAGAUGGAAGACACGGAUCAGAUGAGGACGCCUCAAGGAAAUCUGAAGACCAAGAUGGGAGACACGGAUCAGAUGAGGACGCAUCAAAGAAAUCUGAAGACCAAGAUGGGAGACACGGAUCAGAUGAGGACGCCUCAAAGAAAUCUGAAGACCAAGAUGGAAGACACGGAUCAGAUGAGGACGCCUCAAGGAAAUCUGAAGACCAAGAUGGGAGACACGGAUCAGAUGAGGACGCCUCUAAGAAAUCUGAAGACCAAGAUGGGAGACACGGAUCAGAUGAGGACGCCUCAAGGAAAUCUGAAGACCAAGAUGGGAGACACGGAUCAGAUGAGGACGCCUCAAAGAAAUCUGAAGACCAAGAUGGGAGACACGGAUCAGAUGAGGACGCCUCAAAGAAAUCUGAAGACCAAGAUGGGAGACAUGGAUCAGAUGAGGACGCAUCAAAGAAAUCUGAAGGCCAAAAUGGGAGACACAGAUCAGAUGAGGACGCCUCAAAGAAAUCUGAAGACCAAGAUGGGAGACACAGAUCAGAUGAGGACGCAUCAAAGAAAUCUGAAGACCAAGAUGGGAGACAUGGAUCAGAAGAGGACACCUCAAAGAAAUCUGAAGACCAAGAUGGGAGACAUGGAUCAGAUGAGGACGCCUCAAAGAAAUCUGAAGACCAAGAUGGGAGACAUGGAUCAGAAGAGGACACCUCAAAGAAAUCUGAAGACCAAGAUGGGAGACACGGAUCAGAAGAGGACGCCUUAAAAAAUCUUAAAUAA